CUUCCGGGAACGCCUGGGCGACAAGGCCGCCCCCUGCUCACCGCGCAGCCAGCCGGCCGGCCCGGGCGGCGAAGUGAGUGAGCGCGCAGUUAAGAGCCGAGUCAGGCCGAAGCUCCACUGUCCGCGCGGGCCCAGCCUCUUUCUGCAGCUAUGGGGGCGUCUGCGCGGCUACUGCGCGCAGCGAUCAUGGGGGCGCCGGGCUCUGGCAAGGGCACCGUGUCCUCGCGCAUCACCAAACACUUCGAGCUGAAGCACCUCUCCAGCGGGGACCUGCUCAGAGAUAAUAUGCUUCGGGGCACAGAAAUUGGUGUUUUAGCCAAGACUUUCAUUGACCAAGGGAAGCUCAUCCCAGACGAUGUCAUGACUCGGUUGGUCCUUCAUGAGCUGAAAAAUCUCACCCAAUAUAACUGGCUGUUGGAUGGCUUUCCAAGGACACUUCCGCAGGCAGAAGCCCUGGAUAGAGCCUAUCAGAUAGACACAGUGAUUAACCUGAACGUGCCCUUUGAGGUCAUCAAGCAGCGCCUUACUGCUCGCUGGAUCCAUCCAGGCAGCGGCCGUGUCUACAACAUCGAGUUCAACCCUCCCAAAACCAUGGGAAUUGAUGAUCUGACUGGGGAGCCUCUUGUUCAGCGUGAGGAUGAUAGACCAGAGACAGUUGUCAAGAGACUGAAAGCUUAUGAGGCUCAAACAGAGCCUGUCCUGGAGUACUACCGGAAAAAAGGGGUGUUGGAAACAUUCUCUGGAACAGAAACCAACAAGAUCUGGCCACACGUAUAUGCUUUCCUACAAACAAAACUUCCACAAAGAAGCCAGGAAACAUCAGUUACUCCAUGAGGAAAAGUGCAUGUAACUAGGAAGAUGAGCAGAAGCUCCUUGUCUUGUGCAUUUACAGGUUCCUUGUCCUAAGACUCUGGCCUGUAUAAAUUCUUUGAAAAUUAUGUUAGUUUCAUUUCUGCUGAUUUUAACCUGGAAAUUAAGGAUGUGCCAAAAGAGUCAGUUAUGAAGAUUCAUCUUCUGAAAUGUUUAGUGUGUUUUAUCUAGUUACCUUCUAACUAGAUAAAAUUAGAAUUUAAUUAGCACAAUUAUAAAACAUUAUAAACGUCUAACUAGACUUUUGAAAAUUGUUGAGUGUAACUGAAAGGGCAAUUGGUAGUCUAAGUUUUGUUCAGAAAAGAAGUGGUGGAUAAAGUUUCCUUAUUUUUCUGGAGAAGUAGAAUAAGAAAAAACUUCCGUAUCACUUGUGGAAAGUAUCUUAUCAGAGGCUUGUGGAUAGUGAUGCAAAAAAAAGAGACCUCUAGCACUGUGAUACACACAGACUGUGGGACACUGUCUAUGGAGUUCCUUGGAGGGGGGGGAAGCAACUAAAUUUGCUGCCUUUUAUUGACCUCAAACAGAUUGCCAGAUAUUUCUCCAGCAAAAUGGGUUUAUUCAGAAUCAGCAGAUAAUUGCAAUUUGGAGUCUCAACCAUGGUGAGCCAGGUGCAAGUCCUCCCCACAGCAUGGGAAUGACAAUACUUUUAUAGAGGAGAAAACGAAGUUGGGAGGGCUGUAAUAAACAAGUCCAUGGCUUUUCAUUGGCUGAGUCCUUGCCAGAAGUCUUGCCUUCUUCCUUUUGGGCUAUGCUAUCUUCACAAGGCAUGAGAGCUCCCCCUCGUGGUCUCCUGACUAUUGAGGUUUCUGGGGGUUUUUUACACUUUAUACUAGCAACCUUUCGAUAACCAUAUAUCCUAUAUUUUGUUGUUUUAAAACACAACUUUCACUUUACUCCAGAUUUUCAGUUUGCGAUAAAAAUGUAUCAGUUAGCACAUAGCAAAAUGUAUUUUCCUAUCACUUUUCUUUUGAAAAUCCUGUGUACUGAGGGAUACGACUUGUUAGAAAUUGACAUCGUAAAUUCUUGUAAAAGCACCAAAGUUGAAUUUCCAACAGAAUAUGUAAUUAAACUCUCAUGCUUUCAGAAGUUACUCAGGUUGAAAAAUGUGCACUUUAGGACCUACUUGCCAGUUUCUUUUUUGAUCCCAAUGUAUGAUGUGCCUUGAUGAGUAGCAAAUUGAAGGAAGGAAGGAAGACAGGGAAGGAGGGAAGAAGGAAAGGAGACUCAUGGCAUUAGGUUAAGUAAGAAUACUUUGUCAUUAGGAAAUAGAUCACGUUUGCCUGGGGGAAACUCCCUUGACAUAAAUAAAAAUCAUUAUUAGUAAACAGGUAUAGAAAUUAAAAGGAUUUACACAACAUAUUAAAAAGAAAUCAGGAAACUCAUUGAUUUGGCUUAGAAGAGUUCUUUAUUCCUAAUCAAAGAAGUUCACACUUGCUCAUGUUCACUGCUAUCCUUCCUUAAUGGGGAAGAACUCUGCUAGUGAAUGUAAUCUGUGCAGCCAUUUUAAAAUGAAAAUGAUUUGAUUCCUUAGAAGGGCAAUAGGAUGCAUGCUUAUGUACAGUGGUAGGAAGAGUGGGGCAAUAUGAGAGGUGAAGGAGAAAUCUGACAAUAUCUUCAAUUCUCUUACUUGGUGCUAGAUUAAAUGAAAUGAGUCAUUGUAUAAGCUGUUAUUAACUGCCUUUGAAAAUCUGGCCCAUUUUAUUCCAGGCACUGAAAAUACAAAUGCUAGCAAGUGAUUCUUAUGUAUCUUGUGGGGAAAAAAAGCUGACUUUUCUUUGAUUUUUAAAAGUUCAGUACUGAUCUUUCAAAAAUGUACUAAGGCUUUUAAAAAGGAUUAUGGUAAACAUUCACAUAACUGCCUUAUUUCAAUGUUAGUUAUGUACAUUCUAAAAAUGUUGGGUACUAAUUAUCCAGUUUAUCAAUGAAUUAGCAUUAAAUGAAAAUUCAGAACUGUGA